AUGCCUCCUCUUAACACUUCUCGUCCCUCUUCUGUCACUUUCUUGUUGAUGGGCAUCCCAGGACUAGAGCACCUGCAUGUCUGGAUCAGGAUUCCCUUCUGCUCCAUUUAUGUGGUAGCUGUGGUGGGGAAUGUGACCAUCUUGGCUGUGGUGAGGGCAGAAAGAAGUCUCCAUGAGCCUAUGUUCCUCUUUUUAUGCUUGCUUUUGGUCACUGACCUCGUCCUAUCCACUUCUAUGCUGCCCCAAAUGCUCUGUCUCUUCUGGCUUGGAGCCCAUGACAUCGCCUUUGAUGCCUGCCUGGCACAAAUGUUCUUCAUCCAUAGCUUUACUGCUAUGGAAUCAGGAUUCUUUUUGGCCAUGGCCAUUGACCGUUAUGUGGCCAUUUGUCGUCCACUGCACCAUACCACCAUUCUCACCCAUGCUCACAUCACUAUAAUUGGUAUUGCUGUGGUGAUUCUGGGUGUAGCCUUUUUUUCUCCACACCCCAUCCUGCUCAAACAGCUGCCUUACUGCAGAACACGAAUCAUUGCCCACACUUACUGUGAGUUUAUGGCUGUGGUGAAGCUGGCAUGCAUGGACACAGGGCCACCAAAGAGUUAUAACCUCAGUAUGGCUUCUGUCAUUGGCUCAUGUGAUGCCAUGCUCAUUGCUGUAUCCUACGCCUUCAUUCUUCGUUCUGUGUUCCGUCUGCCAUCCAGAGAAGCUAGCUUUAAGGCUUUGGGCACAUGUGGAUCCCAUGUCUGUGUUAUUCUUGCCUUCUAUUCCACAGCUGGUUUUUCCAUUUUCACUCACCGUUUUGGGAAAAAUGUGCCUGCACAUGUACAUAUUUUUAUUGAAAAUAUGUACCUUUUGGUGCCCCCAUUUCUCAACCCCAUUGUGUAUGGAGUAAGGACCAAGAAAAUACGGGAACACAUUUUAAGGACCCUAAUGGUCAAUGUUUCCUGA